AUGUCAAAAAAAAGAUUAACCUUAGAAGAUGCUUGCACAAUUGCUAGAAAUCGGGGUAGACAGUGUCUUUCUACUCAAUAUACUACUAAUAAAGAUCUAUUAUUAUGGUAUUGCCCAAAUAAUCAUGAAUGGUACACAUCUCUUGGUCAUGUAAAAUAUAGCAAGUCAUGGUGUUCACAUUGUGUAAAAGUAGCUCGCUGUACUAUUGAAGAUAUUAAACAAAUUGCUUUUGCCCGAAAUAGAGAAUGUCUUUUAACCGAAUAUAUAAAUAGCAAAACUAUUUUGUUAUGGUGUUGUUCAAAUUAUCAUGAAUAUGGUGCCUGCCUAUAUUGUGCAAACAGAGUUUCCCAUACUAUUGAAGAUGCUAGACAAAUUGCAAUUAGUCGAAAUAGAAAAUGUCUUUCAACAGAAUAUAUUAAUAGUUAUUUAUAUUUAUUAUGGUGUUGCUCUAAAGGACAUGAAUUUCUUGCAAAAUACCCAACUGGACUAGAACUCAAUAUCCCAUACUAUGAUUACAGCUUUGUGAUUGAAGUGCAAGAUAUACAGCAUGAACGUCAAAUCAAAUUCUUUUAUCCAAAUUUUGAAGAUUUCAAGAAACAGCAAACUCAGGAUCAACUCAAGAAAGAACUCU